CUAGAACCUAAGACCAACCCUGAACCAUCCAACCAUCAGGUGCCAGUUCUAGAAGAUUCACCAAGUUCUACACCAUCACAGAAACCCGAGAGCAUAACAACUCUUGCUGGGGCUACUGUGGUGAUGUUACCCGAAUACCCUCCAAGCCAAGUCUCAACCGGCACAGUCGUACAUGAGGUGGAACCAACUGAGGAACCUGACUCAGAACCACCUAUGCUUAUUCAAGAACAGAAGGAGGAGGAAGUUUUGCCUAUGGCAAUAAACGACCAUAUCCUUAAUUGUGUUGAAGACACACCUCUAGAGGAACCUGUUCUGGAGGAGAUAGAGCCCACUACCUACCCCCAAGAUUCCAACGUUCAAGAGUCUAAGGAGGAAUCUAUAGACGAAGAAAUACCUAGCACAGAGGAACCAAUAACGUCUAUAGAUAAUCAUGCUUCAUCAGAAGACUUAGACCAAACUUUCUUUGACUCCCUACUUGACGGGUGUGAUUUUGUCUGCCCGAAGGAUAGUUGGAGCCAAAAGAGUUGGGAUGAACUUCUGGUAAGUGACACUGAAGACUCAUCCAUGGGGGAAAGCACGGUCGUAAUCAUCAAACCACAAAUGGAUGGGGUAGUCAAUGACAAAGCACAUGAGAGCAAGCAUACACAAGGAGAGCGAUGAUGAAUAGUGAUUGUUUGAAGCGACUACCAGCGGUAAAUCCAUCGCUAAAGUCUGAAAAAUCGAGCGUCUUUGGUUGUUUGUCGAAUGAGAAUGUUUUAAAUCUUUGACAUCGGAAAAGUGCAAAAUUCUUAGCCAUAGCAAGAUUAACAGGAGAGCAACACUGUUUACUGGUGAAGCACAAGAGAACAAUGCCAAUUUCUGUCAUGAACAUGGAACAAUUUCUAUAAUGAGGACAAUUGUUAUAAGUUUUCACCUAGUGCAUUUACAAAGUUUCUGUGGCUCUCUAGUUUGUCUCUUAGGUGCUCAAGCCAGGUGGAAGAUUCCUUUACCUUGAACUAAGCCAUGUUUAUGUGCCAAUUCCUAAAGACUUGUUGUAGCUGCACAAGAGAGGUAAUUCAGUUCUGGGGGAUAAACAUUGGCUUCCUUA